UGAUUCAGGUAUUCCCAAAAGAGGCGCAUUCUCCAACGGAACUCUACACAACACCUUGUUUCGACCAAGAACACCGGAAUAGCACCCGUGGCUUCGUAUUUGACUGAAGGGAGGAACCAAAGGGAAAGAAAAGAAAUUUGGCAAGGAGAUGGCAUCCUUCAUCACAACCAUCAACGCUCGGACCCGCGCUCCCUUCAAGCCGCGGUCGGCAGCCAAGGGCACCACUAGCUAUCAACUGAGACAGUUCGCGGAAGCGACCUUGGGAAGUGGAAGCUUACGGAAGGCCGUGAAGCUUCCAGAAGGCGAGGAUCUUAAUGAGUGGCUUGCAGUUAAUGUGGUCGACUUCUAUAACCAGAUCAACUUGCUCUAUGGCGCGAUCACAGAGUUCUGUUCUCCGCAAUCAUGUCCGGAAAUGAAAGCAACUGAUGAAUUCGAAUAUCUCUGGCAAGAUUCGGAAAACUACAAGCGACCAACGAAGAUGUCGGCCCCAGAAUACAUCGAACAUUUGAUGAGCUGGGUACAAAGCAGUAUCGACAACGAGCAAAUUUUCCCCAGCAGGCUCGGCGUCCCCUUCCCCAAGGUGUUCCCGAGCCUUGUGCGUCAGAUCUUUAAGCGGAUGUAUCGCGUAUAUGCACACAUUUACUGCCACCACUACCCGGUUGUGGUCCAUCUCGGACUGGAGCCUCAUCUGAAUACCAGCUUCAAGCAUUACGUGCUCUUCAUUGACGAGCACCGCCUGGCUAGCGGGAAGGAUUUCUGGGGUCCGUUGGGAGAUCUUGUGGAUAGCAUGCUGCGCAGUGAUUAAAGAUCGCAUCGGUCAAAUGGCUAGACGGCCGUGAAGCAAAGAGGU